GGGCUCAGUUCUUUGGAAUGAGUAGAGCGGAGCGGCGUUGUGUGAGCACCGUCGGGCGCGUCGUGGUGUGGAGCGGUGGCAGCGGCUUGCCUUGUUCAUCGGCGGCUGUUUGUUCUCCUCCUUCGGCUCCUUUCACGACCACCACUGUGUGCUGCCGUACUAGCAGCUACGUGGAGUCGCCGCGACUUCAACUGAUCGGCGCUGUCGUAAAGCCCGCGCCGUCCUCAACCACCACCGUUGCCGUUCGGUUUCGCCGACGGAGUCACCGUGCCGUCGCCUCUCCUCUAGUCACCUCGCACCACCGUCCCUGCCUACUCCAUCGCCCGAGGAGGCCUACGCAUCGCCGAGCCUGCUCGACAUCCUAGUCACUGCUUCACGCACAAGAGAUCUCACACUCGACAUGGUUCAAAUAAAAGAUCUGCCUAGCAUCCUCUCGGUCGAGGAGGGGACGCUCUGCGCUGAGGAGCAGCAGCAGCAACAACAGCAGCGGCAGCAGCAGCGCCGGCGCAAGAAGAAGAAGCGCACAGGCUCGAGCCUGGCGGCUAGCAACUUCUCCGACCUGUACUCCCUCACCGGGGAAGUGCUCGGCGAGGGUGCCUAUGCCUCGGUUCAGACCUGCAUCUGCCUGUACACCGGCAAGGAGCACGCCGUCAAGAUCAUUGAGAAAGGUCCUGGCCACAGCCGGGCCCGUGUAUUCAGGGAAGUGGAGACAUUCCAUCACUGUUCAGGCCACAAGAACGUCGUCCAGCUGAUUGAGUUCCUCGAAGAUGAGAAUCGGUUUUACCUUGUUUUUGAGAAGAUGCGUGGGGGUCCCCUGCUGCGGCACAUCGAACAGCGAGUGCAGUUCACCGAGCAUGAGGCGAGCCGUGUGGUGCGGGACAUUGCCGAAGCUCUGCGCUUCCUGCACUCCAAGGGCAUUGCACACAGGGACCUCAAGCCAGAGAACAUCCUGUGCUUCGACACAGAUCAGAUCUGGCCCGUAAAGAUCUGCGACCUCGACUUGGGUUCUGGUGUGGUGUUGCUGCCGGGCAACGAGGCAACACCGCCCACAACGCCCGAGCUGCAGACACCCGUGGGCUCGGCCGAGUUCAUGGCGCCCGAGGUCGUCGGGGCAUUUGUGGGCGAGGCGCACACUUAUGACAAGCGCUGCGACCUCUGGAGCCUGGGCGUAAUAGUCUACAUCCUGCUGUGCGGCUACCCGCCGUUUUACGGACGCUGUGGCAGCAGCUGCGGCUGGGAGCGUGGAGAGUUUUGCCAGGCUUGCCAGGACCAGCUGUUCACGUCGAUCCAGGAGGGCUGGUACGACUUCCCCGACCGUGACUGGGCCAGCAUUUCGGACGAGGCCAAGGACCUCAUUUCACACCUCCUCGUCAAGGAUGCCAGCCAGCGCUACACGGCUGAGGAAGUCCUCGCCCAUCCCUGGGUGGCCCACGGUGGGCCCAGCACUGCGCUGCACACACCUUCGAUCAUUCGCAGGAACAACAGUGCUCGCGACCUCGCCGCAUUUGCUGAGAGCGCCAAUGCGGUCAAACGGCUGGUCCAACACCAGAUGGCUUGGAGCAUGGAGCUGCGCUGCGGCCCGCCCCGUUCUCUGGACACCCCCGAUCCAUCUCCUCCGACCGGUGGCUUUGGCCUCUCCCCUCCCGGGGAGUCGAAGCUUGCCCAACGCCGUCGCGCUGGCCGUUCCCUGAGUCUGCGCAGCUCAGUCGAGUCCAUCUCUCUUUCUGGCUGACUCUUGCUUUUUCCCCCUCCCCCUCUUUUUCUUUCUUCCUUAUUUUCCCUUCCCAUCUUCUCUUUUGCUUCAGUCUGUUUUAUUCGCCACCCCAGCUCCUUGAUCCCGGUACUGUGAAGAAGUCCCUCAAAAACUCCCAUCCAAAGGGGAGUUCUCAAAACUCCCCUUUGAAGGAGAGUUACUGCACUCCAAAAACACCCCUUCCGAGUUGACUCCCAACAAGCCCCGGACUCUGAAGAGCUCCACGUCCCUGUUCCUUUCGUACCUCAACCUCUUCAAAGAGCCGGUGCGUAGCUGCGCCUCCUUCCUGGGUUCAUUUGGACUGCAGCUGACAUUUGUUUGAGUGCUUGAGCUGUGUGUUGUCAGCAAACACAGAACUGCGUGUGAACAAUGAUCUGUGAACUGGCUCGGUUGUGACAUUGAAGUGUUGCUGCUCCCCAACAAGAAGUGCGACGGCCAAGAAUUUUUUUUUGCUCCUUCAAGGCCAGUCGGUGCCGUCCCAUGUCGAGUCAUCAUUGUCGUUUCCGUGACUGACUGCUUUUGGAAAUCUCCACCUUGGAUGUCAAGCCUGCUUACCGUCCCGCGUCGGCAAGCGAAGGCUUAUCGUGUCAGCGCUCAGAACUUCAGCUGCAGUGCAGAAGGCACCCGGAAAAAAGCGGCUGCUUUAGUUUUCUUGAAGCAUCGCGUGGAAGUGUCGCCAGAAAAAAAAAAAGCCGGUGAAUACGGGGUCGAAACUGCUUCACCCCCGUCGGCGGCUCAUUCCACGGUCUAAUCUUAGGGGAAAAAAAGAGAAGGUUGUGUGCAGUGCUUCUAGAGUUCCUUCUGGCUCCACCCUCCCCCGAUUUUUCGUUGCCCACCUUUUCGCCACCCACCGCAGAACAGUCUCUUCCUCUCUCGAGUUUUGUGGCUGUGUGAGAAAUAAGGAGUGAAGGUGGGGAAGGUUGUGCACGACAGUGCAGCAAACUUGCAGGCUUUUCUGUGUACUUAACGAGCAAUCAUCUUUUUAGUUUUUUCGGAAAAACAAAAACUAAAAAAAAAGGCCAUGUGUGUAUAACCACUUAAACUUUCUCGCCAUACGAAGGGCCCUCUUUCAUUAAAAACAAAAAGUGCACAGGACAGUUUGAACAGGGUUCGCUGUUAGAUCGUCGCAACCUCCCUGUAUCGAUGGAACCUGUGAGUGCUGUCCUGAGAGAAAAAAAAACAAAAAAAAGUUUAUUUUCUUCGAUGUCAGAAGUGAUAAUGUAACGCUAUAGUGUGCCUCGACGCAGUCUCUGUUGGACCGCGUUUUGUUUUUCUUCCUUUCUCGUGUAGCCUAACCGUGGGUUUUUUGGAAGGCAUCGUUUUUCGCUACGGUUAUACUAUCCACUUUGCCUCUUUUGCUGACCUUUGUUUCAUUGUUUCUUUUUCUCGGUGUCUCGUUUUUCUGCCAAUUCUGUUGUACCUGUGUAGAACCGUGGCGUGCCCGACUAAUUCCAGCGCCUGACUUCUCUUGUUUUCGUCUACCACACGCCUCUCGUGCGUUAGUCUAUUCAAGUGGUGGUGCGCGCCGCAAGUCGGUCGUGUCAGCCGAAAGCCAUGAACUGCUACUUUUCUUCCCGGACUUUGUUUUUUCUUUCAUCUGAAUGUCUCUGUUCUUACUUUUUUUUCGUUUAUUUAUGCAGUAUUGGUUGAUUUCCUGCAAAAUAAAACGGGAAGAAAAGCAGGCUUUAAGAUUAACACAUUGCGCCCAUCGCUCAAGGAAGAUCAUGUGCGUCAUGUUCCAUUGCUCAUUGUCACUCUUUCUUUUCUUCCAUUCAUCUCUUUUUUUUCCGAAGACGGGUAGUCUUCGAGUCAUCGCGAAUCAUUCUCAAUCGUCGCUUUUCUUUUUCCCAGUUAUAUAAUUUUUUUGUAAAGAUUUACAAAACCAUAGUCUCGAAGGGGGAGCAAAAUUAGUCCUCUUUUUCCUUUCUCUCGCGGUAAUUAUUCCGUUAGAAAACGCCCCUUCCAAAGUCGUCGUCUACCUUGCUCUACAAGUCUUACGAGGUUUAUAGAAGCGGUGCCUUCGUGUUGGGAAUCUUUUUUCCUAAACGGGUUCAUCCAGAUGUUCUUGUCUGAACUGAUGCCUGGAACAGCUGUCGUGAUUUAUGCCUUAAUGAGCUUUAUUCUCUUCAAACCCAGCGCCAUUUUCUAGUGUGUCCUUUCUAUCUCUCCUGUCUUAGUUUUUUUUUUUUUUUGCGAUUCCGUAUUACGUUGGCAUCCGCACAAGUUUCCUCCAUGUUUUGAGAGGGAACUUGGAACACUGUUCCUUGUCCCCCCCCCCCCCCCGCCCCCCUUGAAACCGUGUCCAGUCCGUGUCGACUACUGCUGUUACUACUGGAAAUUGUCGUCCAUGUAUCUGUGAUAAGCUUUAAAAAAACGUUUUUUUCUUUUCUUUCGAAGAAAAUGUUCUUCGUUUACUUUGACCGCAAUGAAUGCUGCUGUAGUGCCAAAAUUUGAAGCGUGGUUAUAAAACACAAACCGGUUUUCGUUGCAUGUGUCGCUAGGAUUGUGCGCGCAUGUGAGUGAAUACCGUCUUUCUUUCUUCUAGAUUGCGAGAUGUUCAAACAAGCACACAUACAUACACAAGAUGAUGGUAAUAAGACAAAAAUCUUGCUGCACAGUUUUACAGAAUGUUGUAAACAUUGCUGCUUGUACACGUUUCCAAUCAUAUAUAUACAUAUAUAUAUAUACACACACUCUGUACACUGUACUAUUGUCAUUGCAGACUGCGGUCCUGUCACAUUGAUAGGGAAACGUGGUGUUGUGCAUUUUUUUUCCCUUCGUCGUCAGCUCCGUUUUUGUUCCGUUCUUUUUUUUCCGUACGUAGUGGGAGAAAAAAAAUGUUUCUGUGCUUCCGGAUCAAAAUUGUCGUGUUGUCGCAACUCUUUCUUCAGAACGUACACUCAUCCCAUGUGGGUAUGAAAAAAAAAAGUACAAAGUUUAUUGUUUGAUUUUUCUUUGUGUUAUAACGGCGGAGAAUUGUGAAAAAUAAAAAGAAAAAU